AUGCAGUUUCAAGCACUUGCAUCGCUAUGCAACAUCUCUCAGACUGUUGUCGAACAAAAUCUUGAUCAGUUUCUUGAAACAAAACUUAUCAGUAUACAACUAGUCAGCGAAUCAUCUCUUCGGUCUCAAAUGGAAGUAGCAGUCACUGACUUUCAAGCCCAUGGAUUAAACACAUUUUAUCAUGAAUUAGAACUUAUUCAGCAAAUGAUUGCGAGUAAUCAACUUCUCUCUGGUUUAGAAACAAACUUUGCUCCCUAUUUCGGUGUGUUUUCUCAAUUGUCUAUAACAAUGAGUAGAUACACUUUCCAACAGACAGAACAUGCUAGUUUAUGCUCGUGCCGAACGGGAGACUGUCAAUUGUUGUCCGGCAUCUACAACAUGACCAAUAUAUCUCAACUUUAUCCUGAUGCCAUACGCAUGCGGCCUUACUUGUAUGAUAUCCAAAUGAUUGUUCCAGGUAUGGUAGUGUCAUGUUAUCCAAUGCGGUCAAUGCUUCGUUCAACGUUAGAAUGUUUCUAUAAUCAAACAUGCAUUGAUACAUUGAUUUCCUUGGUCGAUUCUCCGUCGAUCGUUCACGUACCUUAUCUGAAUUUCGCUGAUAAAAAUGAUAGUUUGCCAUUGAACACGACAGUUGAAGGUCUUUUUAGUAAUCUGAUGAUUGACACAUGGACAACUAUGAAUUUUUCAUAUGAGAGAUAUUACACGACAUGCGCACCUUCAUCUUGCACGUAUAUGAUUGAAAAACAAACUAAUCUGUUCGAUAUAUUCCGACUAUUCAUUAGUUUUUAUGGUGGUUUAAUUAUCAUUCUUCGCUUUCUCGUGCCACGACGGGGGAAAUGGUGUCGACACAAACCGGCACAACCAGAGCCUAUGCCACAAAUAUCGAAAAUAGAUAUCGUUACUAUUCGUUCGUGGGUGAACAUGAAACGAGCUCGACAAUAUGUGAUGAAUCUGAAUAUUUUUCGCAAGCUCUAUGAUGAUCCCAACAACGUUCAACAGCUUGCCAAUCAACGUCUCGCCACUCGAAUCUUCUUCAUUCUUUUCAUCCUUAUUCUAUGUAGUCUAAUCACCUACAUCUCUUCGACGGUUAGCUUGCAGCAAGAAACUGCUUACCAGCCCAGCGAACAACAACAAGAAACUGCUUACCAGCCCAGCGAACAACAAGUGAAUGUUCUGCGACAACUGAAUUCAAUUUCUCUCUCCUGCCCUUGCACUAAAAUUUCAUUACCGUACAACAUAUUCGUUUCCGUUGAACCGCAUUACCAUCAAAUAUGUUCAAGUGCUUUUGUCAACACAUCCUGGAUGACCUUUAUCACUUUUUAUACGACGCUUGUAGCCCUUUCACUUGAAGAUGCUCGUAUAACAGCAGUCGGCUUCUUUCAAAUGUUACACACAUUGUGUACAUUCGCUCAGCAAACGAUCGACGAUAGCAAACAUAUUUUUUUGCAAACACAGCUGAUUAGUACGGAGCUCUUUGAACAAUCCUUGCUAGAAUCGAAAGUAGAGGUGGCUAUUCGCGAUUGGCAAGCAACGACCAUCAAUGCAUUUGCUCGCGAUCAGCAACUCAUCCAAAACGUUGUACAAGGAAAUCAAAUCAUGGCUGGCUUUCUUUUGAAUUUCUAUUUUAAUUUUGGACCAGACAAUCGAUUACAACCAUUUUCUUUUCCAGUUCACACACAAAGGCUUAGGAAAGAGAUCGAUACUCUGUGCCUGUGUGCUCUGGAUCAACGAUGUGCUUGGCACUCCUUUACUUUGUUCAUGCGUAAUAAUUCAAGCACCGCAUUUUAUGUUCCUGGUAUGUUUAGCGGAUGCUAUUUAGUAAAUAGUGUAUUACAAUCCACAUUGGAAUGUUUUUAUAACCAAACAUGUUUGAAUACAUUUCAAGUUACUUUCGGAGGAUCGAAUAAUGAUCCGCGAUUUCCUAUAUUAGAUUCAUCAUUGAAUCUUAUGAAUGAAACGAUUGGAUCGAUUGUCAGUCGAUUAAUGGUGGACAAUUGGAAGACAAAUAUUGAUUUUUCCGCGUAUUUCAACGCGUGUGCAUUAUCAUUUUGCACCUAUGAAUACAUUCAAUUUCAUAGCUUUGCUUAUCUGUUUACAAUGAUUGUCGGUGUUUUUGGUGGCUUGACAAAGAGUUUAUGUUUUUUCGUUCCAAUUCUCAUUAAAGUAUAUAGCAAAAUUCGAAGCCGUCAUUUAUCUCCACGAAGAACAUGUCGACAACGUCUACGGUCGAUGCUGAGUUUCAUUGCUUCUUUCAAUCUGUUUCGUAGAGUAAACUCAAAUGACGUUCAAUUACAAAUACAACGGCAAAUGACGCGAUUCUAUUUGAUUAUACUUGUGACAACGCUGUCUGCUGUUUUUCUCUUCAUAGCUCUUCCCUUUCACAAGGAAAUUGUAUCAUUCUCAUCACCAUCGUCUGAUGAAUAUCAACGUCUUUACAAUCGCACCAUUAAUCUCCAAUGUGUUUGCUCACGUGUCGCUAUUCGUUAUUCAUCCUUCUUAUCCUUAAAACAGCCUCGAUAUCAUCAAGUUUGCUCGUCGGAUUUUAUAUCUCAAAAAUGGAUUUCGCGGAUGUUUGCACCAAGUAUCAAUCAAUACUUAGCUGAUACAGUUACUAAAAACGCAUUACAAUACAAUGUUACUCAAUAUUCUCCAACAGACUAUCGAGCCAUAGCUACCUACCAUUUUCAACUUCUCGCUGAUUUUUGUCGUUUAGUAAAUUCGACAGUCGAUGCCAUGCUAGAGCAAUUAGCAACACAGCACCUUGUCAGUGCGUUUCUUCUUGCAUCAGCUGACUUUGACAUGCAAAUCACAGUGUUGAUGGAACAACUCACACAAACGAUGAGUAGUACAUUUGUUCAGAGUCUUCGUUUAAUUCGAACAGCGAUGCACACCAAUGCACUUUUCACCAUUACAGCAAGUAAUUGGCAAUUUACUCCUAGUAUUCCCACAGCUUACUUCACUGUUCGGACCGAACCUGUUAUUUACAAUCAAUCUACAACGAGUUGUUCUUGUGCUUUAACACCAUCAUGCACACAGCCAGCCACGAUUGACAAUGUUACUCUUCCCGGCAUGAUGGUCGGCUGUUUUCCGCUUGAAUCACUUCUGCAAUCAUCACUUGACUUAUUGUAUAAUCAAACACUUGUGGAUCUUCUAUCGAGUGGCACUAAUGACACAUUCGUAGCACUGAACAGAACCAGCACGAGCCGAUAUCAAUCAGAUGUGACAACGUUCGAUACAAUUCUAUCCCACCUUAUGAUAGAAGAAUGGGAACCAGUAGUAAAUUCCACAUCUUAUGACCUAUACUUUGCUCAAUGUUCGCCUUCAUCGUGCACAUUUUCGAAUAUUAGACGGCGAAGUCUAGUAGCUACUGGUACAGAUCUCAUCGCAUUUGCUGGAGGUUUUUCGAUUAUUUUGAAUAUUCUUGUACCAUUUCUGAUUAAAACUCUUUAUUUCAUCAGACAACGGCGCAAUCAAACCCAGCCAAUUUAUGAACCGUGA